AUGACCCGCUAUAUCGAUACGGUCCCGACCCCUGCUCAUGUCAAGCCGAAGAAGCUGAUCGUUCUGAGCGCGCCCAGGACCGGCACCCAUGGCCUCUAUCUGGCCCUGCAGGAGCUUGGCUUCAAGCCGUAUCAUAUGGUAGAGGCCAUCAUGGAUGGGCCCUCGGCAAUUCGGAUCAUGGAGGAGGGUAUGGAUGCCGAAUUCUUCCACAGAGGAAAACGAUAUGGGAGAGAAGAAUUCGACAAGUGGUUUGCGGACUAUGAUAUCAUCAUCGAGAUGCCCUUCUUCAUGCUGCACUCGGUGGUAAGGGCGUAUCCAGAAGCCAAGUUUCUCCUCACGGAAAGAGACCCGGAAAAGUGGGCGAAAUCUUUCGAGAAUACAAUCGGCCACUCGUGCCAAAGGAUGGAGCAGCUUCCCAUGUCCGUGUUCAAAUACUUUGAUAGCUUCGUCUCCAACAUGUCUUCGUUCGGCAGGAAACAGUUGGGCUAUUGCACAAACGGCUUCGGGUUGACCGAGGAGGGGCAUCGACAUCUUGUCGAGAACUACGAAGACUAG